UCACCUCUCCUGAAGACACAUCUCUCUCAGACAUUGAUCAUGUCAUCCGAAGACAAACCGACCGGCGCUUCGUCGACGCCCGCCGCCAACCAUCCCAUCGGAUCCCACGGCACGGGUCCGGCCAUCACCGGCAACAAACCCGUUGUGAAUCCGUUGUCGAAGCCGAAGAUCACUCAAGCGCUGAACGGCACUGGAAAUGCACUCAAGACAAGCGCCCAUCAGAACAGCGCCAAUGGCGGCCAAAACGGCAACGGAUCCAAUGGGUAUCGGGUGCUGAAGCCCGACGGCUACGUUGGCAUCGACUCACUUCCCGAGCAGUUUGUGUCGCGUAUAGUGAGGGACGGCUUCGGCUUUAAUAUCAUGUGUUUGGGUCAGACAGGGGUUGGAAAGUCUACGCUCUUGGACUCGCUCUUUAACAUGAAGUUCCCGGAUGUGAGCACUCGUAGCCAUAACCUGUCGGCAGUGGACGUGACCGCACACAACUACGACCUCCAGGAGCGCAAUAUUAAACUAAAACUCGGACUCAUCGAAAGUAAGGGCUUCGGCGACCAAAUUAAUAAAGCCGAUUCAUAUAAGUCGGUCGUGGAGUACAUCGACCAGCAGUUCGAGCGCUACCUCCAGGAGGAGCUCAAAAUACACCGAAACCAGUCGCCGGUGAACGACACCCGCGUUCACGUCUGUCUAUACCUCAUCUCACCGGUGGGUCACGGCUUGCGGGCCAUCGAUUUGGUGACGAUGCGCGAGUUGGCCGCCAAAUGUAAUUUAGUUCCCGUAAUCGCCAAAUCCGAUACCAUUACGAAAGCCGAGUUGGAUAAGCUUCGCGUGAAGAUCAUGUCCGAGAUUGUGACCAAUGGGAUCAAUAUAUACCACUUUCCCACCGACGACAACGACGUGGCCGACCUCAACGGCAAGAACAACGCUCUGUUGCCGUUUGCACUCGUGGCCAGCCAUGAGUUCGUACGGGUGGGCAGUAAACAGAUGCGCGCCCGACAGUACCCGUGGGGCACAGUUCAGGUGGAGAACGAGAACCACUGCGACUUCGUUCGGCUCCGGGACAUGAUUUUGCGUAUAAAUAUGGAGGACUUGCGAGAGACGACACACUCACGUCACUACGAACUCUACCGACGGGUACGGCUCGAGCAGAUGGGCUUCGGGACAGUGGCCGGCGGCGACUCUACCAAAAACGCCAGCUUUCAGGAGACGUACGAACAGAGACGGGCCGCACAUCUCACCGAACUUCAGCGCAAAGAGGAGGAGAUGAGACAGGGAUUUGUGCUCAGGGUUAAGGAGAAGGAGGCGGAGCUGAAGGAGGCCGAGAAGGAGCUCCACCUGAGGUUCGAUCGGCUGAAGAAACAGUCCACUGAAGACAAGCGUCGACUAGAGCUCGACAAACAGAAACUGGACGACGAUAUACAGGCGCUGAACGCCCGCAAGCAGACUGUGUUGGGCGGCUCCGGCAGUGGCACUAACCUUACGCUUCAACAGUCACUGCUCGGCAAGAAGAACAAGAAAUAGUGACGUCUAGUGGUCGUACCCGCGCUGAUGGUGUCUCACUAUUCUUCGAGAUAUCAACUGAUUAUCUUCUAAUGGUUUCCUAUCUAUUCCUACAGUAUUUACAAUACCUGAGCUCUCAAUGAGUUUUAGUUUUAGUUAAACUUAAAACUGAUUGUCAGUUAAGUUAAUAAAUGAAUGCUUUAAUUAUCAAAAUAUACGAAAU